UUGGGAUUUUCCUCUGCCCUUUCCCUGCUCUGAUUGCAGGGCCGGUUCCUGGCCACCUACGGGUACAGCGGGCACAGCUACGGGCUGGCACGGGGCACGCUGGAAUCCAUCGCCAGGGAGGGGCUGGCAACCUGUGUGCACAUGGAGAUCGAGGGCGUGCGCAGCCUGAAGCGCACCCACUUCCGGCCCCGGUGCAUCCUGGUGGUGCCCAAGGACAAGGAGAAGUACGGGGAGCACCUGAGGAGGACGGGGCUCUUCACCAGGCCCGAGAUGGACGAGGCCGUGGCCAGGGUGGACAUGUACCUGCAGGAGUGCCAGGAGUGCCCCGGCUUCUUCGAUGCCAUCAUUAACACCGGUCAGUUAAUUGCUCAUUAAUAGAAAUGACACCUC